GCACUUGGCUGGCUGUCCUUAAUUUGCUUCUUAGGUACUAUUUAUUUGGUAAUAAAAGUAGUAGAGAAUUAUUUUUGGCAUCAUGCGCUUGAGUAGUUUAGGGUGAAGUGCCUGGCCAGGCUGAGGCUACUGCGCGUGCAUGGCAGAAAACCACGCCGCCGCUCGCGGCCCCGUGCAACGAGUGUCGCUGCAUGAUGAAAAGGAACUACUCCAUUUGGACCUACAGGACAAAGAUCGCAAGGUGGAACAGCUCAGCAAGUCAAAUGGACAGCUGGCCGCGCAAGUGCAGCAACUGCAGGCCAUGAUCAAAGAUGCACACUUGCGCUAUGAGGACGAUCUACAGCGCACCGUGGCAUCGCUGCAGGACCAGUACAACUCAGCCCUGGAGGUUCUGCAGCUCGGGGCCUCCCUCGCAGCCCCAAGCCAGCCCCAAGCGGAGCCGUGCGUACCCCGGCAACCCACCUCGGCGGCGUCCAUCGGCGGCACGGCUGGUGAUGGCACCUCCGGCGGCUGCACGGGCGUCCACCGUCCGUCCUCCACUCGGCCUGGGCCGCUAUCGCAACCGCCGCUGGCGCAGCAACAUCAACAACAGCGCUCCUCGGUCCCUGGUGCUGCCUGUAAACAUCACCGGAUGACGGGGUGCCGGUGUUGCCCACGCGCUGGCGUGGCAGUGACCGCGGCCUGCGCCACCAAACCAAAGCAGCAGGGGCCCAUCCACACGACCUCAGGCCUGUCGGACCUCCGCCUCAGCUCCCUAGGCCUCAACGUGGACGAUCUUGCGCCCUCGGCUGCCUAUGGUGCCACCGUGGGGCUAGUGACGGAGCCGCUGGCCGUCCUGCGGGACGUGUUAAACCUAGAUGGCAGCCGCGACCAGGAACGGGAGCUGAGGCUGAUGCGGGACAGGCCGCUGUCAGCUGGCGCAGCGUCUAUGGCUUCCGAUCCCGCAGGUUCAUUGCUGGCGCAAGCGCACUUCGAGUCGCGCGUUCGUGCACCGAUACCAGCUGGAGCGCGAGCGGCAGGAGGAUGCACACAAGUUAGCGUUGCAAGAGCAGGCAAGUAUGCGCCUCAGUAUGCGCAUCCUUGGGGGACACGGCAUGAGGAGGAGCUGCGUCAGCAGGCCGCUUCACAGGCGGCCGAGCUGGCUGAGGUGGCGCGCCAGAUGGAGAUGCAGGAGGAGGCCUGGAGGGGGGAGUUGCAGCGGCUGGAGGCGGCGCUCGCGGCGGCGAAAGCGGCUGCGGAAGCGAGUCACAACCAGGCAGCGGCGGCCAGGGCGACGGUGGAGUCACUGCAAGCGCAGCUGCAGCUGCAGAGGGCAGCCCACGAAGCCGAGCUUCAGCAUAUGCGGCAGGGCACUAUGACGCUUGAGGAGCAUGAGGAGACCGCCGAAUGGAACCAGGCAUUGGAGCAGCGGGAACGGGAUUACGGUGCGCUGCUGUCAGAGCUUGCGGGGCUGCGGCGGCAGCUCAGCAGCGCCGCGGAGCAGUCGCACUCCUCAGGGCCGGUGGCUCCCCGCGUGUUCACACUCUUUGUUGCUCUAUUCGAUUCAGGGAACAGCUGCGGCCGAGGGUCGACCAUCGUUUCUCCUAUGGCCGUCGCCGUCGGUGGCCCGCCGCCGCCAGCGGCAGUGGCGACGGCGACGGCGGGCGUCCACGACCACCUGCAUCGCCAAAACCAACCCCGGCACGCUAAUCGCCAGCUGCGUCCACACCAACGGGAACGAGCCGAAGUCACAGCCCCAGCCUCCGGCACCCAGGAUGUCCUAGUGGUGACCGGUAACGGGCUCCAGCUGCGGUGGGAUCCGGCCACUGGCCCCAGCGUAGAGCUAAGUGGCGACAACUGCGGUGGCGGCAUCAACCGUCCUGACUCGCCAGCAGGCAGCAGCGCGCACUCGGCGUCACCCUCUCUCGAGGAGGAGGCGGAGGGCAGCAUCAGCUUGGAGGUGGCGGCGGCUGACAACAACGUGGGGCCGGCGGUGACGCCGCGCAGUCAUACGCAUCUAGGGAAAGAUACAGCUGCCGCGGAGCUGCCGCCCCCUCCCCCCAGCUCCUCCAGCUCCCGGUUGAGUGCGCUGGUUGGAGCCGUUGUAAGCAGCGGCUCAGCCCGCCGCGGCCUGGCCAUGGACUGCGCGGCCGGGUGCACAAAUCCGCCCUUGCCCGCAACUGCCGGUGCUGGCCCCGACGACCCGCGGGCUGCUGGCGCUGGUUUAGACGCAUACAUCUUGGGGAGCAAUAACGUUUAUGGCAGCAGCAGCAUCAGGAAUGGGGAUGGCGGUGGCAGCGGCGGGGCUUUUGAAAUGUAUCCACAGCAGCAGCGGCAGCACGAGCAGCAGCUGGAAUGGGGCGGCCGGGGCACUACCGGCGGCGGCAGCAGUGACCUGGGGAGCAGCGGCAGCCAGGACCACCACAACUCAGAAAUCACCCUAGGGCGCUGGCAACCGCAGUCGCCGCCUACUGAUCCAUGUGACAAUGCGGCGGCUGCACCCCGCGCCAGCCGCCCCAAGGAGUCCAGCUGGGGGAGGAGCGGCAACCCUGCGGCUUCCGUGGUAUUGCCCAGGUGCGUCCGCUGCGGCCUUAACGACGCCACGAGUCCGGGCUGCUGUCGCUUCCACCCCGGGCUGCUGAGCCAACCCGGCAGUCUGCGCUUCACGCCCGAGUGGAUGACCUGUCAGGCAGCAGGCCACACCGCAUGCACGCGCGGUUGCUUCGUGCGUUCAGAACACUUCUACGAGCUCCCGGGGUUGAUGCCGCGGCCCGUGGAGGCACCGCAGCCGCUGCAGCCGGCGGCAGCGGCACCAGCGACACGUCGCCAGCCCGGUGAACUGGCUCCCGCCGUCCCUAGGAUAUCGCCUCGUGGGCGCAUGGACUGGGAUGAGGUUGACGCCAAUGGCAGCGGCGACAGCUGCCGUGGUGGUGGCGGAGGCGGAAGCGCGCCGGUGUUGCGAAGGGAUGACCGAUCUGGCGGUGGUGCUGCUUCUGAAGCGGCUGCGCAAGCGCCGGCGGCUGGUGGCCGUAAGACAGCAAUAUCUGCACCAGCGGGCGGUCCAGUAAAUAGGUGCUCAACAGUGACGCGCUCUCCGCAGCGAGUUGGAGCACGGGCUCGUAAUGCCAGUGGCGUUGGCGUAGGGGGCGCAAGUGGCGGCGGCGGUUCAGAUUCCCCCAGCCCCAAGCCCCGGACACGACUACCCUCUCCUAUGAGGCGCUAG